CAGGUGCCUCAUCGGCCAGCUGUUCUUUUUGCUGUCCUUCCCCUCUUUCUUCUCUUCUCUUGCCUGACCGCCAGGGUCAAAGACAUGACAUCAUCUCCUUCCGUCGCGAGUGUCUGAUUCCGGUUACGAAUCCCUGAUUGCCUGACACACUAGUGGGACCUGCGCCGAUCGAGGUCGAAUCCUCACAGCCAUGGUUGCUCCCAGGAACGCCGCCUACGCGGAGGAGAGCGCGGAGGUCGAGGUGCUAUACGCCAACCUCGAGAAGCUCAAACUCCUGACGAAGAAGAUUCAAGGCUCUCUGAAUCGCUUGGAAACCGGGGGCAAUGUGGUGAAGCAUGCGAUCGGGCCCAUCUACAGCAAUACCCAAUCGCUACAGAUCACCAACAGCAACAUAGAUAAGGUCAAUGAAGCCAUUGAACGCCUCCGCCAGCCUCUGGAUGCCAAGGGCAAGGAAGAAGGAAUUAUACGAUCAAGCCCCCAGACCGUCGGUUUGUCGCAAUACCUCUCUGCUGUGAAGCGCGUGGAAAAGGCCUUGGUCGACCUCAACUCAACCAAUCUACGAUCAAACCAGAAAGCUAUUUCCGAAUUUACUUCUUUGCUGGUGCUUGGAAACUCCCAGCUCCAGGACAUGCUCCGCGGCACACUGAGCGACUACGUUAAUCCGAUCGAACCAUUACACUACUUAACUAAAGAACUCUCAUUCCCCUCGCUACCUGAUGAGACUGUCGCGGAGUUGGGCCCGGUAUGUUCGGCUAUCGGCUCUGCAGCAAGCUAUGGGCCACAACGGGGUGAUGGCGGAAACCCCGCUCUCAAAAUUUACGCCGAUAUUCGCGGACCAUAUAUCACAUCGAGCUUGCAGAACCUGGCCAUAGCAUCCCUCAAUACUGUCAAACGACGGGCUGCCGACGGCCCUUACAGGCAAGGCACCAACGGUAUCGGAAUCUAUUCCAAUGCCUUAGAAAGCUUUAUAUAUGCAGAACAUGAUAUUCUCGUGCGGGUCUUUACAGGUGAUCAACGGGGACUGGCUUUGCAGGCAACUUGCCGCUCCGCUUUGGGCGAAUAUGCGCAGACCUUGCGAGAGCUCAACCAGUAUAUCAGGGCAAACCUCAUGACGGAUUGCUUUUUGGCGUUCGAGAUCAUCGAGAUUGUUACUGCCAUGUCCUACCGUGUGGAGUCGAAAACAGGGGAGCUGAAAAGCCUUUUCAUCGAGGCUCUCAGGCCGGUUCGGGAGACGGCAAAAUCGUCGCUUUCGGAGUUAUUGGAGGAGACAAAACGCAAGGCCGCAGGGAUCACCAUGCUCCCGCCAGAUGGCGGGUCUGUUCCCCUUGUCAAUGAAGUCAUGAGCUCCCUUACUACCCUGACGGGCUAUUCGGGGCCGCUCGCAUCGAUCUUGACAUCUCUGGGAGAUGGAAACUGGCGGUCCACGACCAAUGCAGCGCCCACGGCGCCCUUGGAUGUCAGCCCGGACAGCAUGACCCUUUUAUCGCACUUCAUACUCGAUAUGAUCGAAGCUCUUAUGAUCGCCCUGGAAGCUCGAGGCCGAGCACUUCACCGCUCGAAGGCAGUCCAGGGCGUUUUCUUGUCCAACGUAUUCUGUACAGUGGAUCGCUCCAUCCGUCAGAGUUCUGAGUUGGCCCGAUACCUUGGCUCUGCCGACAGCAUUGCACGAAUCGACACAUUCCGCAAACGGGCCACUUCGACGUAUCUCGAUGCAUGGAAAGAAACUUCCCACUAUCUUCUGGAUGUGCAGUAUACCUCUCGGGGCUCUGGUGGGUCAGCACGACCGGCAUCUGGAGGUGUUGUCGACUCCGCCGCCAUUGUCAAAUCACUUUCAUCUAAGGACAAGGACGCUAUCAAGGACAAGUUCAAAGCGUUCAAUGCUAGUUUUGAUGAACUGGUGGGCCGCCACAAGGCACUGUAUAUGGAGCGGGAGGUGCGCGGGGUGCUGGCUCGAGAGGUCCAGGCUGUUCUUGAGCCACUCUAUGCCCGAUUCUGGGACCGCUAUCAUGAGAUCGACAAGGGACGAGGCAAAUAUGUCAAAUACGACAAAGGCAGUUUGUCGGCUCAAUUGGCGGCGCUUGGAUGAGGAUGGAAAUUUUAGAUAUAUACCUACCUUACC